AUGAAGAUGAUUCUACCGCGACAGGUAUAUGUCCAUGCUGCCUUAAUUCUUGCCAACUCUCUCUUUGCACUUGGAUCCAUCGUUGGAGCUUUGGGACUCUCGACCAUGAACCCUUUAAGUUUUACACUUAUACGCGAGAUCGUGGCAGGGAUUCUGUUGCUACUCUUGUCUCUAAUCUUCAAAGCUGCCAUAGGUCGCCAGGUUUCCCAACAACAACAGCAUACCUCAGAGACGGAACCCUUUUUGGUUGCCACCACCAUUGAAGAUUAUAAUUAUUACAGAAUUCUGAAGCAUGGACGUGGUCAUUACAAGGAAGAAUAUCAGCAAAACUACUAUCUGAUAUUGCCGCAAAAUUGGAAGGAUUGGAAAUCCUUCAUGCUAUUUGGCUUUCUCGUGUCGACGGAUCUUGGUGCCUGCAUUUGUGGUUUGCACUUAGCAGGACCCGUGGUGGCAUCCAUCUGGCAACCGAGCCGAACAAUUUUGACGGCGGCCAUUUCCAUGGUACUGAGACUCGAAAAAGUCAACAAAUGGCGAAUUCUCGGUGUUUUGGUGGCCUUUAUAGGCUGUGUCAGUAUAGUUCUGAUGAAUAAUAAUGAUCACGGACGUGAAGAUGCUGAUGACCAACACGUCCUUCAAGAAGUCCAGCAUUCCAGUCUCCUGUUCCUUUUGGGAAAUUGCCUCUUCUUUUUGGCUUGCUUGUGUGACUCCGUUUUGGUCCUCUGGUCCAAAGAGCUUCUCAAAGUUUAUCCGCCACUAACUGUUGCAGCUUGGUGUUAUAUAUUCGCUUGUCCAUUUAUGUUGGUUGGGUUGGUGACAUCUUCCAUGGUUCUCUCUUGGCAGGCUGUCAUUUGUACCGACUGCCAACCGUGGGAUGGAUCCUUAUUGAGUCUCUUUUCCAUUCCAAAGGAUGCCCUUCCAGCAUUACUGUACUACAUAUUGGCCAUGUCGAUGAGUGCCUGGGGAUUGAUCUUGUGGGCCAAUCAAUACGUCACCGGUACCUUUGUGGUGGGAUAUUCCGUGCUCCAACCUGUCAUGUCCUUGGUGUUUGUGGUACUACUAUUGAUCAUGGGAGGGGUUUCCGACUGCCAAGAACCGUUACCGCAAAUGGGGAAUAGUACAAAUGAAGGACAGAUGUGUUUGGACAAACCUGGCUUUGGAGCUCUUGUGGGAAUGCUAGGGAUUUUUGUUGGCCUAGCCUUGGUCACUCAGACGGAACCAAUGGAAGACCACGAACAGACAAGAAGGAAUCCCCAAUGGACUGGAUUGAAGAUUCUUUCACUAGAAGCAGAUUUCACGGAGAAUCACAAUCGAAUCUAUGGGUCAAUGGUUUCGAACGGCAAUGAGAAUCUACUGAGACCAUGA